AAUGAUCGUUAACAUGCUCUUGCCCUCAAUGAGUCUCAGGGUCGGUCUCAUGUGGCCUUAGCUCAACAACCUCUACUUGAUGAUGUCACACAACGUCUAGACAGUUUAGAAAAAAUGGUAGCCGAGCAACGAUGUGCUCCACCUCUUCACCAUAACACUACUUCAAUACCUCAUCCUCUAAACACCAACAUAACAUUGGAACCUUAUCCAACUAGUUUCAAGAUACCUCAACUCGAGACAUAUGAUGGAACGAAGGACCCAAAUGACCAUCUGCAUGCGUUUUACUUUUGUGUGCCGGCUCAGAAUGCUUCUGAUGCAUUGAUGUCCAGAAUUAUACACAUGAUUAUGGGAGGAUUGGAAGCAAGGGGUUUGAGCUCCAAGCAGAGGAAGUUAUAUGUCAGGGAGGUGAAGCAUCAAAACAGAGUUCAGAAAAGAAAGUUCGAUGAUACUAACUGGAAGAAUCAACCCAUCACUUUCACACCUGUUGACUUUGAUACAGUUGUAACACCUCAUAAUAAUCCUUUGGUCACUUUUGUUAUGAUUAAUAAUUGUGAGUUCCCAACCCUUAUGGGGGUAGCAACAUUACGAGGCAACCAGGAGGUGGCUAGACAUUGCUAUAUUACCUCGGUUACAAAGCCUCAGAAAGGAAAAGAUCAGACAUCAAAAACCAUUUCAAAGGAAGUUCAUGAUAACCGGCAAGUCAUGGGGGUCGAGGUACUUGAUAACAGACUUGAAGAUGAAACCCGAGCUGCUCUAGUUGGAGAUGUUGAGGAAGUGAUAAAAGAAGAGGUGGAAAAACUCUUGCAAGCUGGUUUUAUCAGAAGGGUUGAUUAUUGUGAGUGGGUAGCCAAUCCAGUACUGGUCAAGAAAGCAAAUGGCCAGUGGCAAAUGUGCAUCGAUUGCACAAAUUUCAACCAGACUUGUCCCAAAGAUUGUUAUUUGAUGUGGAACAUUAACAAACUAGUUGAGGCAGCUUCUGGAAAUGAGAGAUUAAGUCUCUUAGAUGCAUAUUCUGGUUAUCACCAAGUCUCGAUGGCUUAUGAGGAUGAAGAGAAGACCUCAUUCUACGCAGAAAUGGUAACCAUCAUAUUCCGAGCUCAAAUAGGUAGGAAUCUAGAAGUUUAUGUCGAUGACAUCAUGGUGAAGAGCCUGAAAGUCGAAGAUCAUUUAGCUGAUCUUGAUGAGACAUUCAACAACCUAAGAAAGAACAGAAUGCGGGGGAUUGAGGUUAACCUAGAAAAGAUCAAAGCAGUAGCCGAGAUGGAAUCGUCGAGGUUAGUAAAAGAUGUACAGAGAUUAACAGGGAGAGUGACAGCUUUUCACAGGUUCAUAUCGAAGUCAGCAGAUAAAUGUUUGCCACUCUUCAAGAUCAUGACAUCAGCAACUCAGAAAGAUGAAUCCAGCAAGCAGAAGAAGUUUGAAUGGAAUCCAGAAUGCCAAGCUAAAUUCGAUGAGCUGAAGUCUUAUCUUAACUCACCCCAUUUGUUGACAAAAGUUAUUGAUGGAGAGAUCCUUUAUUUGUACCUCGGUAUCUCAGACGAAGCAAUCAGUUUUGUGCUAGUACGGGAAGAAGGGAAGCAGCAAAAACUAGUUUAUUAUACCAGCAGUGUAUUACAUGGAGCAGAGAUAAGGUAUUUCAUUGUUGAGAAAGCAGCAUUAGCAGUUGUCACUUGGGCCAGGAAACUAAGACCAUAUUUCCAGUCACACCCGAUUAUAGUCCUUACAGACCAAACUCUUCGGCAGAUUCUACAGAAGCCAGAAUGCUCAAAAAGAUUGAUCAAAUGGGCUAUGGAACUGAGGGAAUUCGAGAUAACAUUUCAAAAGAGGUCAGCAAUUCAAGCUCAAGCACUAGCAGAUUUUAUUAUGGAAUGCACCUUGGAUCACUCAAAUUCUAACCUCGAGCCGGACAGCUGGAUUCUAUAUGUUGAUGGAGCAUCAAGUAGUAAAGGCUCCGAAACUGGUGCAAUCCUAAUUGGCCCAGAUGGAUAUCAACGUGAGCAUGCUUUCAAAUUCAAUUUUGAUGCAACUAAUAAUAUGACUGAAUAUGAAGCUCUGCUACUUGGCUUGCAACUGGCAUUAGAGUUGAAAGUCACGACAAUACAAGUAUACAGUGACUCACAGCUUGUGGUUAAUCAAGUCAACUCAGUUUGUGAGGUAGUUGAUUCUGCCAUGAUGAAGUAUGUAGCCCUGGUAGCUGAGCUAAGAUGCUUGAAUCUUUAUGAAGCUGAAUAUGCACUUCGGGAGGUACAUGAAGGCGUAUGUGGAAGUCAUGUUGGCGCUAGAACCCUAGCUCAUAAAGUCCUCAGACAAGAAUAUUACUGGUCGAAUAUGUAUAAGAAUGCCACUCACUUUGUACAGAGAGAUUUCUGCUUCAGUUACGGGAUCAAAUUACAGUUUACUUCGGUAUACCAUCCGAAGUCCAAUGGUAUCGUGGAAUCUGUCAACAAAACUAUCCUAGAGGGAAUUAAGCCGAGGUUGGAGCAGCACAAAACCAUGUGUGAAACUCAUUUUGGCAAACUAGCAUCGAACUGGAAAGGCCCUUACAUAGUGGCUGAAGUGCCACAUUCCGAUGCCUAUAUCCUUCAAGAAGCUAAAGGGAAAAGAGUUCCUAGAGUCUGGAAUGUCAACAACUUGAAGAAGUUUUAUCCUUAAUCCACUUCUUUCAGUAAACUUUGUCUUAUUGCCCUUUAUGACUAUUACUUCCUCUUCUUGAGAUUAAUUUCAUUCAUUUGAACUUUCUUCCAAGAUCAAUUUGUAAUUCACUUUAUUCCUAGAUUUCAAUUCUAUUAAUGAAUUUCACUUCACAUU